CCAGCUGAAGCAGAUCCCCAGCCAGAGUCCGAGGUGUCCAGCAGAGCGUAGCACUGAUACAGCUCAGCCAGUAGGGGGGCCCAGAACGCGUGACGUCAUCAUUCAGCGUGCGCACCCCUGCCCCCUGCCCCCCCCUCCGUCGCAGCGGAAUGCUCCGGAACCGGAAGAAGGAACAGCUGCUGCCCGAAGUUGUCACUCUCAUCUUCCCCGUACUGGUUAGCUAUCCUUCCCCCUCCCCCUACCUUCUUUCUCAGCUGCUCCCACCGUGACAGAUGUAGAUUUCUUAUGACGAUGGCGCUGUGUGUACCUCAUUCCUAAGCAACACUUCAGCUCGCCUGCCGCCUAUAACGGAGCCUGACCCCUCAGACGAGUAAAUGGAUUUGUAUUCUAAGGACAUGAGAAAACCACGCCGCAAAUCACAUCAAGGUGAUGACGGACCGCAGUCUUCCUCCCCUUAUGGAUUAUCCUGUUCCCCUAGCCGAGAGACUCUGACAUAUGCACAGGCACAACGCUUGGUCGAUAUUGAGAUAGAUGGGCGUCUUCACCGAAUAAGUAUAUUUGAACCUCUUCGGAUUGUGUCUGAAGAUGAGCUUACUGCUCAAGACAUCACCGAAUGCAACAGCAACAAAGAAAACAGCGAGGUAACUCUGUCUACCAACUGUCGAAAGACCUCAACCAAAGGCAAAAAGAGAGAAGUUUGUCCAAAGCAAGAUGUGAGUACUAAUUUGACACAGUUACCCCAGCCUGUAUUCAGAGAAGUUGAGCAAGUUUAUGUAGAAAACCUACCAGAAAAUGCUGUCUUGCCAGAUACGUUUUAUCGCUACACUGAGCGCUCAGUAGAAGAGGUGGAUAAGGAUGUUGAAUACGAUCUGGAUGAGGUUGAUCUGGCAUGGCUGGAGAUGAUUAAUGAAAAGCGCCUGAAUGAUGGUUUUUCAAUGGUUUCUGCAGACACCUUUGAACUAUUGAUCGACAGUUUAGAAAAGGAGUCGUACCUUCAAAAUAAGCGUAUUGGUGUGACACAGUCGCCUAUUGAUGAAAAUGCAUUUUGUUGUGUAUGCUUGGAUGAUGAGUGCCACAACAGUAACGCCAUCUUAUUCUGUGAUAUGUGCAACCUUGCAGUUCACCAGGAGUGCUAUGGUGUGCCAUACAUCCCAGAAGGACAGUGGCUUUGCCGCUGCUGUUUGCAGUCACCUUCAAGACCAGUUAAUUGUGUGCUUUGUCCUAAUCAGGGUGGGGCUUUUAAGCAAACUAGUGAUGGACGGUGGGCACAUGUAAUCUGUGCUAUCUGGGUUCCAGAGGUUUGUUUCGCCAACACUGUAUUUUUGGAGCCAGUUGAAGGUAUAGAUAACAUUCCACCAGCUCGAUGGAAACUUACAUGUUACUUGUGUAAGCUUAAAGGACAUGGAGCUUCAAUUCAGUGUCACAAAGCAAACUGCUACACAGCCUUCCAUGUCACGUGUGCUCAGAGGGCUGAACUUUUUAUGAAGGUGGAACCAGUACGUGAGACUGGACUGAAUGGCACCACCUUCACUGUGCGUAAAACUGCUUAUUGUGAGGCUCACCGGCCUCCUGGCACCCAGCAAGAAGAGUCUCCAAAAAGCAGUUUGCAAGAGGUAGAUUCUGAGGAACAGGCCACUGAUAUUGAUAAGGUGGAAAAGGAUAAUGAAGAGAACAAGAAGGAAGGUGGGAAAAGGUUUUUCGAGAAACUAUACGCAAAAAACAGCAGGGAUUUGGUGCGGAAGGGCGAUCCUGUGCCAGUUAUGGCAGCUUUGCAGAUCCCGCUGUGUAGGUUAAUUAAGAUCUCUAGUGGAGUUUGUUUGCAAAAGAAGACCCAGUUCAUGCGUCAUCUACACAGUUACUGGUUACUCAAACGUCAGUCUAGGAAUGGUGUUCCUCUUAUUCGAAGACUUCAUUCUCAUGUACAGUCUCAACGAACUGCAGACCAGAAAGAAAGACAUGGACAGACUUCAUCUGUUAAGGAGGCACUGAAAUACUGGCAGAAAUUACGACAUGAUCUUGAGAGAGCCAGACUGCUGACUGAACUUAUACGAAAGAGGGAGAAACUAAAAAGAGAACAGGUUAAAUUGCACCAGGCAGCGUUGGAGCUACAGCUGACUCCGUUUAAUGUGUUUCUACGUGCUACUUUGGAUUUGUUGCAGGAGAAGGACCCAGCUAACAUUUUUAAAGAACCUGUAAAUUUAAAGGAAGUACCGGACUACAUGGAAUUUGUUUUGCACCCCAUGGACUUUUCCACAAUGCGGCACAAACUGGAAUGCCACCAGUACUCAACCUUUCCAGCUUUUGAAGAUGAUUUCAACCUAAUCAUCUCUAACUGCUUGCAUUAUAAUUCUCGGGAGACUGUGUUCCAUCAAGCUGCGUUGCGUCUUCACCAGUUAGGUACAUCAGUACUUCAUAAUGCUAGACGUCAGGCAGAAAGCGUUGGUUAUGACCCACAUACCCUGAUGCACCUACCUGAGAAGCCCCAGGCUGAUGACUACUACCGGUUUUCAUGGGAAGAAGUGGAUGAUCUUUUGCUCCCUGAGAACAGAGCUCAUAUGUCUCCUGAAUGUCAGCUUAAGGAACUCCUUGAGAAGCUUGAUAUUGUUAGCAGCUUUCGAACCAGCGGAGCACGCACAAGGCGCUUGAAACUGCUGAGAAAGGAAAUAAAUCUUUUGCGGCAAAGACUGGCAUCACGUAGCAAAGACCUGAAUGAUGCAUGUUCUGAUGGAAAAGUUACCAACCCUCCUAUGCUGGAGCUUACAGACCCUGCUCUUCCAAUGCAAAAUGCAGCCACUCAUGAGCAUCCUCCUACAUUACAACCCAUGACCCCGAGUCCUAUCCACAAACAAGGGAAGAAUAUGUCUCAUGUGAAAACUCGAGGCUCUCCUGUGCAGAAUAGGAGAAGAAAAACAGCUGUACAUAAAUCCUGGAAGAAAAAAAAGACUCCCCCGGAAAACAGCCAUCAGUCUUUAAGUGGAAAUGAAAGUGAUGAAGAAAGAAACACAGAAUAUCCAGCUCUUGAAGUUGCCAAUGGGUUUAGAACACAUACAGAAAGUGGUUUAGAUUCUGACAGCAGCUCUGAGCUAUAUAGGGACCCAACUUUAUAUUCCAAUGGGAAAAUUACUCCUCUAGGAAAACCUGCCCUCUCACAUCUGCCUCUGCUUGGAGCUAUGAAUGGUGAUUAUGCGAAUCGAGAAAGCCUCUUGAUGUCCUUUGAUAGUUCAGUAGAACUGAAGCCCCUCCAGUUAGUAUGGGCUAAGUGUCGUGGAUACCCUUCCUACCCUGCCUUGAUCAUUGAUCCAAAUAUGCCAAGGGAGGGUUUACUGCACAAUGGCAUACCUAUUCCUGUUCCACCUAUGGAUGUUCUUAAGCUUGGGGAUCAGCGACGACUUGAGAAUGUUGGACAACAACUCUUUCUAGUUUUAUUUUUUGAUAACAAAAGAACGUGGCAGUGGCUUCCCAGUGACAAGCUUUUACCUUUGGGAGUUGAUGAUACCGUUGACAAGCUGAAAAUGAUGGAAGGCCGAAAGCCAAGCAUUCGCAAGUCUGUACAGGUGGCUUAUGAUCGAGCUAGGACCCAUUUGAAUCGUGUUGGGGGUAGAAACCUAUUUAUUACCACAAACUACCUAUACUAAUCCCUUUUAAAUCGGUAAUGGAAGAUAUUGUUGCACUUUCCAACAGUAGAUUAUAUUCUGAAUCUUGGUAGUAAUUUUUGAAUUUUACUGUUUGAAGUUCUUCAUCUUACUGCCUAAGAAGACAAUAAGCAUUUAAAAUAGUGAGCGUUAUAUCUGUUGAUUGUGCCAAAUCGAACUGAUCCAAGCAUGUUGUUUUAAACCCUACACCCACAUAUGGGAAACAAAAUAUUAGAGGUUUUUAUAUUUUUUUCACUUGUGUGCUAUUGGUAUGAAUUAGAAAUUGACCAAUAUGUGUAAUUUGAUUUGCUUUCAUUUUAGCUUUUAGACACGACAUAAAAGAUCUACCCACUUUAUAAACCAAAUAAUUAGUGUAUUUUGAAUCCUAGAGAUAAUUUGGUUUUAUUUCUGUUUUGGAAACUAUAACAUUUAAAGAGUUAUGGCUGGUUCCAACAAGCUAAACAUAAUAGCUUCUUAAAAAAAAAAGAAUAAAAAAAAUAUUAAAUGUAAUUGAUACUUUUAUAUAUUAGUAAUAAUGUUUAAAGAUUAUAUCUAAAUUAUAAUUGUGAAAUGAAUACAGAGUUUUCAGAGGUUUGUGUCCUGUGGUUUUGCCGAGUAUUUAGAAAGAUCAUUUAUCAAUAUCACAAAGUUAGUGGCUUAAACUCCAAAAAUACUAGUCUCGUGUGGUGGAAAGACUUUCUUUGAAAUCAUUAAGCCACCAAAAACGUAUAUUUUAGUAUUGGAUACUUGCUGCUAGGUUUAAUCAACCAUUAUUUCUUGGGGAAGUCUAUUGGUUCUCAGCUUCACCUGCCAUUACAGGAUGUUCUCGCAUUUCCCGUUUAAUAUUUAUUCUUUAAGGAUUAUUAAGAUUUUUUUUCAGGGUCUCUGAAACUUGUCUUGCUAAAGGAAUGAGACUUCCUAGCUGUGGUGGUACAGUUCGGGAUCUUCAGCAAAGAGCCUUCAGAAAUAGAUUCCCCAAAAGAAAGAUUAAACAAGUUGGUAAAUGAACUCGCCAGCAAUACUAUACCAUAUACCAAAUAUCAGUUUUCAGUAGACUGUUUAAACCGGAUUUUCUUACGUCAUAUGCUGUGUUGGGUAUAUUUGUAAUGGGGGGAGGCCGUUUAGAGCCUAGUCUGUGCAUGGUCUUGUAGUUGAUUUACAGCUACAUGAUUUAAACUGAGUCUCGUGUAUGUGCCAUGUAAGGUUCUUAUACAUAGCAGUUCCAUUUCUAGCAAACCAAGAAGCAGUUUGCAGAAAAACAGAAAUUGAGUGCAAUAAAAAUGACCUUUCUGUCUUUUAAACAUAUGUCUAUUUUCAUAACAGUAUAAAUAUCUUUGGAAGAUAAAAUGCAGUCAACAUGGCUUUUGUGGUAUUUCAGCUUUUUAGGGAUUCAGUGUACAGUACAAGCCUUUGUUGUCUAUUUUAGUCAGUUUAAAUUCUUUUUUAAUGCAGAUUGAUUUCUAUAUUCUGUCUGUGACAUGGUAUAGAAUACCUGAUUACCAGGCUUUGGCAAUCAUCUGUAUGCACAUGGCUGCUGUCUAUUAUUAAUUCCAUAGGAUUAAGCAAACAUAUAUGUGUGAUUUUUAGUUGGGGAGAAGUGGUGGGAGGGGACCUUUUUCAUUGACCAAUUCCUAAAAGAAUAAAAUUGCUUGUCUGUCUUCAUUGAAAGACACAGAUGACUGCUACCUACAGGAGGAUUUGGCUAUUGGCAAACAAACAAAACAGCGGCCAACCAAUGUAAUCCCUCCCAUUCCCAGCAUGCCUCAGUUUUUCUUGCUAGUGUCCUAGGAUAAUGGACGUAUUUUCUGUACUGCUUCUGUACUCAAGUUUUUCCUGCUCGAGAUGGUCUCUAUACGCAGCUACCUGGAUCCUCAGUAACUUUGGAGGUAGUACCUGAACCCAAUCCAGUGGGACUAGCCUUAAAUUUGUCCUUAGGGCUCUGGACUCCUCGUUGAGGCGCUUUCCAUACCUCGGUGUACUGUGUUAGCCAUAGAAUACUUUCCAGGUCCAGAGCCAUGAAAUAGCUGCUGGUGUGGCCCAGUCUCAAAUAACUCGCUUUUUAAGUAAGCUGUGUGGGCUUAGCCUCAGGAGUUGCCUAACUUUUAAGACUGGGUGAUCUUAUGCCUAUUUUUCAUUCGUUUACCGCGGGAAAGGGUUAAUUCUGAAGGACAGCUUGAUGGUCAACGUAGGUUAGGGAAGUGUCUCCCACGCUUCUGUUCCCAUCAUUUAGUGUGAAGUAGCAGCUUCCCACUACUUCUCCUAAUCCCAGGCGGAUUUGGUACUCCACCUGACCAGACUCCUGGUAGAUGCUCCAUUGGCUCUCUCACAGUCAAGAUCUUGUGUCCCAAAUGUCCCUGACGGUUUAUGAUGUUCAAGUUUUUUUUUGUCCCCCCCCCCCCCCCCUCUUUUUGACAGUGUCCAAAUCCUUCUGUAUGCUGAAGUAUAACACAAUUGUCUCUAAGGCCCCAUUCACACCUGCAGAAAGGUUGUAUUGCACUUGCAGUGCAAUUGUUGGUGGCACCCCAAACAUGGCUUGUAAACGCUGUAAAACACACAAACUGGAGCACAGCAAAAUGCUUAGUGGUCUACUUUGCCGUGUUGUUGCUUGUAGGGUAGUCUAUUCAAGUAAGUGGGCUGCCCUGUGCUGUCAUGCGAAAAAACAUGCAGGUGUGAAUGGGGCCCAAAUCCUAUGUUCCUAAAUGAACUCUAAAAAAUGGCCCAGGCAGCACUAAAUAUUAAAUACCUCAAUGUCCCAAAGUAAAGCUUCUAGUCGAUGCACUGUAAUAGAAAAAGCUAUGCUUUUAUUUUUCAUGCCUCAAAACAUGAUCUCGGGCGUUUUUUAAGCACCAUUUUGUUUUGAGCUUCAAAGGGAAAGAAACAUAAUCACGUCUGUGAGAACUAUAACUGACUGACAUUAUCAGUUUUUUUUUUUUUU